UUUCAUAAUCCCCGCAUUUUCAUAGGAAAAAUCACAUAUCUUAGCAGAAAGUUGAAAAUUGUUGCAUUUACCUCACACAAGUGCCGCCAUGCUCCUGUUGCCAUGGAAACGUUAUGAAGUGACGUGAUUAUGUGACGUGAACAUCAUUGAAAAGCUGCAAAAGCUGAAAACAGUUUUUGCAAGUUCCCACAAUUUAAUCCUGCAUAUUCCAUAGCAUUUUUUAAGAAAAAGUGCUGCAAGAUCAAGCAUUUUUGCCAGCAAAACUCACAAAAAAGCUCCGUGUUUUUCUAGGAUGACUGGUAUUAUACCAAAUACACAAAGCAACGAAAGAGGUGCUCUUUAACAUAUUAUUUCAAUGCAGUCUUUAGCACCUUUAAGACUUGUUUUCCUUUCAGACUCAUCCCUAGUGUGAAAUCUUCAUUAAUUAUGUAUGUACAGUAUUUUUAUAUUUAGCACAUGCCUUUAUCCAAAGCGACUUUAAAAAAGCAACAAAUAUUAGGAAUCAAUAAAGAAAUGACAAAGGUCAAUUGUAUUGAAGCUAUUUUAGAUAUUUGCUGCUCAUAAACAGCCACAGAUUUUGCCAUCAGUGUAUUGCAUACUAUUAAUGAACAUUAUUGAUUGAAAGAAAAACACAUUUAAGACAGACCAAGCGAGUGAGCGAGCGAACAAACGAGAGAGAGAGAGAGAGAGAGAGAGAGAGAGAGAGAGAGAGAGAGAGAGAGAGAGAGAGCACCUGUACAGUAUGUGAGGGGCAUAGAUUCACUGUCAGUUAAUAGUCUCCAUUAGCGCGCUCUCUGGUGCCUCGUGUGGCGCGUCCUCGCUGCUCGCGUGAAAUUUCUUCAUUCACACGUAGACGAGGAGUGCGUGAACGAGAGAGAUGCGUGAUCUCAUUCAACACCGGCAACAUCCAGCUCGUGUUUGCAGCGGAGACUCCCGUUGUUGGCGCACACUUUCCAAGCAGCUGUGAGAUUUCCACACGAUCAUAACAAUGAGACAAAACCAGCUGCACGAUUCAUCUGGCAAAUGCGAACUCUAAUGCUUUGUUUAUUUUCUUAAAGCUGUUAUUAUCAGUUUAAAAUGCCGAGGCUGCAGUAUUUAAAUAGCACGAGUAUGCCAAAUCACAAUUAUGAAUGGAGUUAUGAAUAUUAUGACGAUGAAGAGCCCGUGUCUUUUGAGGGACUCCGCGCACAUCGAUAUUCCAUUGUGAUCGGCUUUUGGGUGGGUCUUGCAGUUUUUGUCAUUUUCAUGUUUUUUGUUCUUACCCUCCUGACCAAAACAGGAGCUCCACACCCAGAAACUACAGAGCCUUAUGAGAAACGGAUGCGUCUCACCAGCUGUGCGGAGGGGCUGAGCCGUCAACGUAACACAGACGCCCGAGCAGGUCUCUCUCGGCCGUUACUGGACGAAUCCCGGUCUCUGUUUCACUGUUAUAUUAAUGAAGAGGAACGAGAUGGGGUCAGGGCCUCCUUAGGCGAUACUGGCAUGGCCAUGAAUGGAUUUACAGGCAGCGGUGGCUCCAAUGGGCAGGUGGAGAUGGUCGGUCUGGUGGUUCAGAAUAUGGUCAUGGAGACCCGGGCUGAAAGAGAGGCUGCACUAUUGGCUCAUUUCAACAUUCCCAACUUUGUGAACUCUGAACUUUCUGCACUCGGGGACGAAGAUUUACUGCUGGGCGAUCCACCCAUCAUAAUGGAAGAGGGGCGUCCUAGCUGUACUUAUCACAUCAUUGAUUAAAUCAACUUUGGACUCUUUCUGGAAUUUGAAGAUGAUCAAUGAUGCCUUUAUUCAUUUAUUAUGGUUCCAUCAUUGUCUUAGCCUAUGGUCUCUAAAUGUAAAGACUGAUGGUGUUUUGCGUCAAAGGCCCCACAUUGAGCUGUAUUGUUAGAUUGCUAAGAGCUCUCACGCUGGGCUGUUUUUCUAUAUUUAAAGUUUACAGUAAAUCUCUGAGAGGCAUGAUGGGGGUUAGAUUGUGUCAGACUGAAAGAUCGAAGAUAUCAAAUAGGAUAUAGGAAGCGUAUUCUUGAAUGCAGUGUGUGACAUUAAAGCGAGACAAAGAGAGAAGAAAAACAGAACAAAGACAAAAUGACUCAUUUUGAGCCAGUUGUUAGAAUGGUGUUGUGAGCAUAUUUAAAAAAAAAAAAGAAAUCAUACUCUGUUGCAAGAGAUACUCCUAACCUCAUAAUGCCUUAUGCAUUUAUACACCUAAAUUUGAUUAUCAGCAUGAAUCAAGAUUUUUUUUUUUUAAAACAAAAGUUCAUCCCCAUCACUUAUAUGUAGCCUAAUGACAAAACUGCAGCAAUUUGGUUUUGCACUGCCUGAUUCUCUCUUGCUUGUUGUUUGAGCAAAUGUGCAAGUAGAAAAUAGCUUACAGCCAUCUGCACCUGUUGACUGAAAUCGUGACGUUGCAUCCACAGGGCACCUGCAUACUAAUUCUGUAAUUAUCUGAAUGCUGGUGCCUGAACAACUCAAUACUUCAGUUCAUUCUCACACCUGUAUAUUAAUAAACAGAGGCGGACUAGGACUAAAAAGUGGACAUUCUCACCCAAAGCAGCUCACCACACCCUGCGCACUGGCCGAACAUUAAAUGCUACUUAUACUUUUAAGGAAAUCAAAUUUAUUACAUAAUAAUGCAUUUGAACUAUCUGCCAAUGACAUCUUACUAACGAUGACAUAAAAGAAGGUUAAACCCGAGGCUUUGACUCAAUUGUGUUUUUGUGUCGGAUUUGAGGGUGAUGAUCUUUUAUCUAUAAGUUUUAUAAAUCAUUAACGAGAACAAAUUAAUUUACUGAAAAGCUACCAGAAAAGCCAUAAGGUGUGAACGGACUUAACAUAAGAAGAAAACAGUGUAUGGAUACAUGUAACACACUAUAAAAACUCUCGAACUCAGUAAACGUAAUUUUAUUGGUUGGAAAUCUGCUCAGCGCUGUAAUGCGAUUGGCUGGAAUUCACCUUUGUCUUAAGAAACACCUGACUUGCUCGGCCAUGUAAUUAGAUUGUCUGUGAGUCAUUCACGGCGGCUUCUGUGAACAGAAACAUCUGCCUUCUUUAAUUUUGAUGUGUCAACAUUUUGACAUUAGUCCCUUUCACACACAGUCUUUAAUGGUAAUUUACUGGUAAAUUGCAGUUAACAGGUCAUGUGUGAACAGAACCUUUCCGUUAAAUCAGGGCUGCCAAUUUCCCAGUAAGAGAGGUUGAAAGAUUACCAGUAAGUGCUAUGUGUGAAAAAAAUAUAGAUUACCGGCAUUUAGAACAGACGACGUCAGACCGCGCUGACAGCUUUGGGCCAAUCAUAACGUUUUGAUACAGAUGACACGUUUACCCCAGCACUGUUUACGGACAUUUCCAAACACAUGCUGCUUAAUAGUCGAGCCCACCUGAAGUUAACGUCCACAUUUCUUAACCAAAGUAGUUUAAAACCAAUUACUUCUAUUUGCUGAAUUGCAGACGUCCUUAACACACCCUCUGUUUAGCCUAAUGUUCAAACAGUACUGUUGUUCAAGACGCAGGUUACGUUUGACGUCACCUAAUGUAAUGUUGUUUGGUCACGAGCAACUUCGCAAUGUCAGCGUUUGCCAUAGAUGUGAAAACAAU